AACUGUUUUCGUAGACACCGCUCACGUGAAAAUAAAAAGAAGCGCGCUCCUAGGCCGCUCUCGAACCCCGUGAAGUGAGAAGAAAAAGAUCUGAUUCCUACAAAAGUAGGAGAUGACAGAAAAAGGCCCUUUUACCUGAAGAUUUCAAUCCCAAGCUUCCAGAAAAAGUCUUCCCUUUUUCAACAUAUAUCGCUCUCUCCCUUUUAGAUUCGCAAGCUUGCAUGGAUGCUGUGCUUUUCCCGCCAAGCGGAAUAACAGAAAUGAUGCUUCACUCUCCUUUCUGCGACUCGAAAGGCAAGGUUCUUCCUCUUCUCGCCUCGCCUGCUUCCUCCAAUCGUAGUCGCCCUACUUCCAGCAUGGGAUUAAGAUCAAGCAGUACUGGUAGCGCAAGCAAUGGACAAAGAUGUAUCAAUAAGGCAUGACUCAUCUUAUUAUGAUAGGAAUGCAUGUGAGGAAUUGUUUUAUUUAUCUUCUGUUCUCAAAUCAAGGGAUUGAUUGAUUCUGGCUUAGGUUAGACACGGUAAACCUGUCAAACACAAGGCCACAAAUGUUUACGGUCAUCGGUCUCAAGAAACUAUGAUGGAGGAAGAGAUCUCCCAAAUAUCUGAAAUCAGCCCAUCAGUGAAAGUUUCUCCUGGCCAGUCUUUUCCACUUGGAGCUUCAGAAUUGGAGAAUGGGAUCAACUUUGCUAUUUUCUCACAACAUGCUUCAUUGGUUACGCUUUGCUUGUCUGUUCCAGAGAGGGGAAAAAUUCAGGAUGUAGAUGCUGCAAUGGUGGAGAUCAAGCUGGAUCCCAGGAUUAACAAGACAGGUGACAUAUGGCAUAUUUGUGUGGAGGAUUUGCCUCGAUCUGGUGUUCUGUAUGGCUAUCGUAUUGAUGGUCCUCAAGGAUGGCAGCAGGGACAUCGGUUUGACAGCGGUAUUAUUCUUCUAGAUCCUUACGCUAAGCUAGUGGAGGGUCGCAGAUAUUUUGGAGACACCAUAAAAAAAAUGUCUAAGUUUCUUGGAACUUAUGAUUUUACUGCCUUGCCUUUUGAUUGGGGUACUGAUUACAAGUUUCCAGAUAUACCUGAGAAGGAUCUUGUUAUAUACGAAAUGAAUGUCCGUGCCUUUACUGCUGAUGAAUCAAGUGGACUUGAUCCAGACAUUCGUGGCAGCUAUCUUGGUGUAAUUGACAAGAUCCCACAUCUGUUGGAGCUCGGCAUCAAUGCUGUGGAACUGUUGCCAGUUUUUGAGUUUGAUGAAUUUGAAUUUCAGAGACAUCCAAAUCCCAGAGAUCACUUGAUCAAUACAUGGGGUUAUUCUACCAUAAAUUUCUUUGCUCCCAUGAGCCGCUAUGCUAGUUCUGGUGGAGGACCUGUAGCUGCUUCCCUAGAGUUUAAACAAAUGGUGAAAGCCUUGCAUAAUGCUGGAAUUGAGGUCAUUUUGGAUGUGGUCUAUAACCAUACUAAUGAAGCUGAUGAUAAUCAUCCUUAUACCACUUCUUUUCGUGGCGUAGACAAUAAGGUUUAUUACAUGCUUGAAGUUGACAACAAUUCUCAAUUGCUUAAUUUCUCAGGAUGUGGAAACACAUUGAACUGCAACCAUCCCGUGGUCAUGGAACUUAUACUUGAUAGUUUGAGACACUGGGUCCUGGAGUAUCAUGUGGAUGGAUUUCGCUUUGACCUUGCAAGUGUUCUUUGUCGAGGAACUAAUGGAGCUCCACUUAAUGCACCUCCGCUUGUUAAGGCAAUAGCCAAGGAUGCUGUUUUAUCACGUUGCAAAAUUAUUGCAGAACCUUGGGACUGUGGAGGACUUUACCUUGUGGGAAGAUUCCCAAAUUGGGACAGGUGGGCUGAAUGGAAUGGGAAGUACCGUGAUGACAUCAGAAGCUUCGUAAAGGGCGACUCUGGCAUGAAGGGAAGCUUUGCAACACGUGUAGCUGGAUCUUCUGAUCUAUACCAAGUAAACAAGCGCAAGCCAUACCAUGGUAUUAAUUUUGUCAUUGCGCACGAUGGAUUUACUUUAUAUGACCUUGUUUCAUACAAUUUCAAGCACAAUGAUGCUAAUGGAGAAGGUGGUAGAGAUGGCAGCAAUGAUAAUUUUAGUUGGAACUGCGGUCAUGAAGGUGAAACUUCUGAUCCUAACAUCAAGUCUCUUCGUACACGUCAGAUGAAAAAUUUCCAUUUGGCCCUAAUGAUCUCGCAGGGAACACCAAUGAUGCUAAUGGGAGAUGAGUAUGCCCAUACUCGUCAUGGAAACAACAAUAGUUAUGGGCAUGAUACUGCCAUUAACCACUUCCAAUGGGAGCAGUUGGAGGCGAAAAAAGAUAGUCACUUCAGAUUUUUCUCGGAGAUGAUAAAGUUCCGCAUGAGGCAUCCAACAUUUGGACGUGACAAAUUUCUUGGCAAAGGUGAUAUUACCUGGCACGAGGAUAACUGGGACAACUAUGAGAGCAGAUUCCUUGCAUUUACGCUUCAUGAUGCAAAUCUUGGAGACAUCUACUUGGCAUUCAAUGCACAUGACUAUUUUGUUAAAGCUGCAAUACCCUCACCACCUCAUAAGAGGCAAUGGUACCGAGUGGUAGACACUAAUCUCAAAUCUCCUGAUGAUUUUGUUCCGGAUGGCGUGCCUGGCAUCAAAGGCACAUACAACAUCGCUCCAUAUGCUUCUAUACUUCUCGAAGCAAAACCUUGACACUAACAAGAAAAGUUGAUAAUCCAAAAUAAGGCUGAUUGCCAAAAGAUUGCAACUAUGCCAGUUUGGAUGGAGUGCCAAUCAUAAAAUGCUCCGAAUGCGGAUAUGAAUAUUCCAAGGAGUGUAAGAUUCUUUUCUAGUCUUUAAUCAUAUUUCUGUCUGAAGUAACAGAACUUUCUUGGAUAGUACCAGUCCGCUCCUUUGCUAGGCUGGUCAAUGUAAUGGCUUGUUAACAUCAAGUAUGUUAAGUGUUUUAGGAGUUGGUGCCAUUAUCGUUUAAAAAAAAAAAAAAAAACAAACUGCUUUAGAUAGUUUCAAAUUAUCAAUUGCAUUUCAGAUCUUAGGAGAAUCCGACUACAA